GGUCAUAUCAUCCAAGUCUAUUACAGCUUGUGGCCCAAUAAAUAAAGUCCACUAUCAUAAUCCUAAUUUCUAAGCAUAUCUGCAUAUCCAAUUUCACACUUCCCAACAAACUUUGACGUCAUCCGAUCGGUGACAGCCUCUCCAUUCCAAAUUUCCUUCCUUUUCCCGUUGAUCAUUUCAGGGAGUAGUAUUUAUUUACACUCAAAACUUCACCUUCACCUUGAUCAUUCUUUCAAACUCCAUCUCCACGAAACCUUCGAAACUAUUUUGAUCUCGUUGCCGAUCAAUUGAGUUCCUUUGCUUGGUUUGUAUAAAAAAAAAAAAGGUACAGGAAAAGAACCCCCUUGUAAUCAUGGAGUCAGGUGGAAAUGUUAGCCACAGAAUUGCCAGAAUUUCAGCUCAUCUCAACCCACCAAUUCACUCCCAGGAGGGAACUUCUGUGUUGAUGAGGGAGAAUUGCAGGGCAAAGGGAGGCUUACCUGGGUUUAAAGUUGCAAUCUUGGGCGCUGCAGGAGGCAUUGGCCAACCUUUGGCUAUGCUCAUGAAGAUGAAUCCAUUGGUUUCAGUUCUUCAUCUCUACGAUGUGGUCAACACCCCUGGAGUUACCUCAGACAUUAGUCAUAUGGACACUGGUGCCGUGGUUCGUGGUUUUCUGGGAAAAGAGCAGUUGGAGGAAGCCCUUACUGGCAUGGACCUUGUCAUUAUUCCUGCUGGGGUUCCUAGAAAACCAGGAAUGACAAGAGAUGAUCUUUUUAACAUCAACGCGGGGAUCGUUAAAACUCUCUGUGAAGGAAUUUCGAAGUGCUGCCCCAAGGCCAUUGUCAACGUAAUCAGUAAUCCAGUGAACUCGACAGUCCCAAUAGCUGCAGAGGUUUUUAAAAAGGCUGGCAUCUAUGAUCCAAGGCGACUUUUGGGAGUCACUAUGCUUGAUGUUGUUAGGGCCAAUACAUUUGUGGCUGAAGUUUUGGGGCUCGAUCCCAGGGAGGUCAAUGUACCUGUAGUAGGGGGGCAUGCGGGAGUUACAAUUUUACCUCUUCUGUCUCAGGUUAAACCUCCGUGCUCUUUUACUGCAGAAGAAACUGAGUAUCUAACUUCCAGGAUUCAGAAUGGUGGAACUGAAGUUGUUGAGGCUAAAGCUGGUGCCGGAUCUGCAACUUUAUCAAUGGCAUAUGCUGCUGUUAAAUUUGCCGAUGCAUGCUUAAGAGGCUUGAGAGGAGAUGCUGGUGUUGUUGAAUGUGCUUUUGUAUCUUCUCAGGUGACGGAGCUACCUUUCUUUGCAACCAGAGUACGCCUUGGCCGUAAGGGGGUUGAGGAGAUAUUCCCACUUGGCCCACUAAAUGAAUAUGAGAGGUCUGAAUUGGUGAUGUGCUUUAAUUACUUCAUCAAUUUCAUCAUUAUGCAUGAAUUACCCAGCAUUUCAUUCAUUGCUUUGUCAAUUUCAUCGUUAAGAAUUACACUGGAUUACAUUCAGCUGCCUUCUUCUUUGUUGAUUUCACUGUAUUAGCCAACCCAAAUUUGUUAUCAUGUUCUAAUUGUCAUGGAAAACAAAAGAAACUAUCAUCAUGUUCAAAUGUAGUUUUGAUGGUUGCUUUGUGCCUGGCAGUUUUGUUCUAUCAACUAUGAAAAUGGCAAUGACUCCAACCUAUUUUGGAAAAUGACGUCUAUUUUGAGGAAGGGAGUAUAACUUACACCUUUCCUCAUAACUUCAUGCUUAAAAUUCAUGGUUUUGACAACUACUCUAUGCCAAAAGCAUAUAGAUACAGCUUACCCUCAUCUAUAUUUAUCUGUGCUUGUCAGGGCUGGCUUGGAGAAAGCAAAGAAGGAAUUGGCUGGAAGCAUCGAGAAAGGAGUUGCAUUCGCCAGGAAAUAAGUUGCCAAACCACAAGAUCGACCAUCAUCGAUGAUGAUGUUGUUAAGUUCAGUGUGGACUCUGAAGGGAGUUCCCUGCGUUAGAACUUGGAAUAAGUUGUUGGGAUUGUAUCAGAAGUCAAUACAGAAGUCAGAGAUGAAAAUAAAGCCUUAUCCUUCUUCUCUUACCUGCUCCCAUCUUCCAAACCGAACCCCCUCCAAAUAUGAAAAAUGAAAAACUGGGAAUAACUGGAGGUUUUCAUGGAAGAUUGUGAUUUUUGGUGUUUUUGCAUUCAUUAUCUACUAGUACAUUGUUCUUAAUCUAGUGUUUAGUUUGCUCAUUGGGCUGGUAGUGAGUGUUUUAUACCAUUCCACUUCAAGGGGAUCUCAAUCCUUAAGACUCGGCUCUAUGUGGGCUUUAUAAACAAACUCCCUUGCAUUGGGUCGAGCCCUCAUUGUUAAAUAACAUUUCUAAACUGAAGCAACGUUUUGGGCUUUGGGUAAAUAUGAAUUUUGAUCGAUGAUUCACUGCUAAUUAGCAUCAAUAUUGUGUCCAGGGAAAUCCAUUUCUCGUGAAACAGUAAAACGCAGAUAGAGAUACAGACAUUCUUGAUUCUCGAGUAUGGCAGGUGAACAGAAAACCAAUUCUGAAGAGUAGAUUGAUCAAAAC